AUGGCCAAGGGUGCUUUCCUCUUGCUUUUGGACACCAGAGUUUUAGACCAGCAAAAAAAGAACUUGUUGAGCCUUUACCGAACAGAGCUGACCAGAUCCUUGGAGAAUUCAAGUUAUGGAGCUUCCUGUUCUGAGGAGUGUGUAGGACAAAGUUCAUCAUACUUCACCAAAGGAACUAGAUACAGCUACAGGUAUUCAGCUGUCACCAAUACUUUCCUGCAGGGAAACAUUUACAAAAGCAGUGGCAUAUCUCUGGAGAGCAUGGUGGUCAUCGAGGUAUUGGGGAACUGCCAGAUGGUUUUGAAAAUGCAAGAUGUACAGAUUAAGAAAAGUCUUGAAUCCAGAGAGGAGCCUCUGAAGGAAAUGGAGAGUCUAAGGGAAAUACUAGAACAGCAUCUUCUUCAUUUUUCUUUCCAUGAUGGGAAAGUUUUGAAGCUCUGUCCUGUGAGGAGUGAACAGACCUGGGCACUGAACAUAAAGCGAGGCGUUCUCAGUGUCCUGCAGACAUCACAAGCACCCACUGCUACUGCAGUCAUUGAAGAGGUGGAUGUUCUGGGAAUGUGCCCAACCAGGUAUCAGCACAAAGGUCCCAUUCUUGUCAAGACAAGGGACUUAAACCUCUGCUCUCAUCGAUAUUCGGGUUUAACUUCUGUGCAGUCUGUUGUUCUUCCUCAUAUGUCAUCUGAGCAACAGAUCCUGUCCUCCAAGCUGGAGUGUGUUCAGAGCAUUAAGGAUGGAGUCCUGGCAGAAGCUAAUUGUACUGAGUCCAACCUUCUUACACUGCUCUCUCAGAAGGGCAGUGGGGCAAAGACCCAGACACAGUCUUCACUGAAACUCCUGGAAGUGCAAACAGAGACACUGUACAGACAAGUGGACUCCCAGGAUCUGUAUGUGACCAGCAUGCUCUAUGAAAGAGAAGAAACUGUGAGGGGCACCACUGGGGGAGAAGUGACUGAACUAGUGUGGAAGCUUUGCUUAGCUCAUAGUGCGAGUUUCGAGACUGCAGACCUUUUCAUGGCUCUCGUGUUUGAACUUCGACAUCUUUCUCUUGGGAUCUUAAAAACACUAUGGCAAAGAUCUUCAUUUAAAUGCAGAGACAACUGGCAGCCGCUAAUAGAUGCUCUCCCAUCUUGUGCUACAGAACCAUGUGUUGUCCUAAUGAAAGAAAUUAUAGUUUCUGGAGAGCUUGAGGAAGACAAAGUGGAGUAUUUCUUCUGGUCCCUUUCAUUCAUUCCGAAACCCACCUCAGGCAUGAUUGACACUCUUGCUCCUUUGCUGAAGUCGCCAGGAGCAAGCCAGAGCUGCUUCUUGGGAGUGACUGCUCUCUUACAUAGGUUUUGUUCAGCUCACAGCUCCUGUGAUGAUGUACCUGCUGUGCAGAGGGUGAUGAGGACUCUUGGGAAAUUUUUGGGCAGCAACUGUACCGUGAGAGAUUCAGAACGACUCAGCAAGAUGCAGCUGGUGUUAAAAUCCAUUGGAAAUGCAGGACUGGCAGCAGCUUCACUAGUUCCUGCUUUGAGCUCGUGUGCCUCCCUGAAGAGUAACCCGAUCAGAAUUCGUCUUGCUGCUGUCCAGGCCUUCAGGCGUAUUCCCUGUGCUGUUAGGAACUCUGUGUUAGUUCAGCUGUAUCAAACAAUGGGUGAAGAUGUGGAAAUAAGGAUUGCUGCUUAUUAUAUAGCAAUGAAAUGUCCACAUGAAGAGUUAUUUAAACAAGUACAAAAGACUUUGCUGAAAGAAACAUCCAGUCAAGUGGGCUCCUUUGUUUGGAGUCACCUCUCUCAACUCCUGGAGACAGAUGAUCCAUUGAAGGAGCAUCUUCGAGAUUCUAUUCCUGAUGAAAUCCUUAGCAGAGAUUUUGACUUGGAAACAUGGAAAUACUCCUCAUAUUCUGAUGUCACCUUCCACUCAGCUGGUGCAGGUGCAAAUAUGGAAGCAUCAGUGGUCUUUUCUCCUGCAUCUUUUCUACCACGAUCAGUUGUGACAAAUUUGACUGUUCACCUUAUGGGGCAGGCUGUAAAUCUACUGGAGGUUGGUGUACGAUUAGAGAAUGCUGAAGCUCUUGUGCAGAAGAUUUUUGGGCAGAAGUCAGCUACUUUCAGUGACUAUUUUUUUGCAAGCUCCAGUGAAAGAAACCACAACUCAGACACCCUAGUGGAAGCAGCAGGAAAAGUCAAUCAGAGGAAGCUGCCUUCAAAGCGAUACAGCCCAGCUGAUCAUCUUGCGACCAAGUCUGGCAAGCUGAAGUUGAGAAAAGCAAAGCAGAAUUGUCCUGGUAGAAAGUACAAUAAGAUGAAAGAGCUAGUCGAAAAGUUCUCUGAGAGAACCGUGAGGAAGGAGGCACUGAAGUGUGAGCUGAGCAUGAAAAUAUUUGGAAAUGAACUUAGCUUCUUUGAUUGUGAAGAUCUAAGAAAACAAAUGAAACAUUAUUCUUUAAAUGUGGCUGAGUUGGCUGUCAAACUUCUGAAGGGGCAAGAGCUCCAGUUUAAUAAAAGGCUGAGUUUGGCUACUGAAGAAUUGCAGUUUCCAGCAAUUUCAGGCUUUCCUGUUCAGCUGGCAGUCAAUGCCUCAGCAGCAAUCAACAUAAAAAUCAAAGGGAAUGCGGAUUUCAAACAACACUCCAAUUUCUUUCUAAAUGGAUAUAUCAAGCCGAGCGCAUUUGUCCAGCUUUCUGUCCAAAUGGAAACUGUGGGGACUCUUGGACGAGCUGGCCUACGUUGGUUGACAGGAAUGAGGACAUCCACUAGUCUUGAUGGGGGAAUCCAGGUGAAAAAAGGGCAAGAGCUCAAAGCUUUCUUGAACACUCCAGAAGAAUAUAUGGAGAUAAUUAAUUUCAGCUCUAAACUUUACUACACAAUGGUGGAUAAGACAGAAGAUAGAGAUGUUUUCCAAGACCACACAGACACCAAAUCUUGCACUAGGGAGGAAGUGUCUCAGAUUAUUGGCUGGCAGCUGUGUUCUGAAAUGUCAUAUCCUGACCCAGCCAGCAGUUUGGUUUUCCCCCUUACUGGACCUUUGAGAAUGACUGUCACAUUAACUAAGCAAGACAGAGGCCUGCAGCAGUAUGUUGUGGAAGCUGCAUAUAACUAUAUUCCUCAGGAGAGUUCCUGGAUCCCAAAUGAAGCUGUCCUUCACUUCUUCAUUGGCACUCCAAAGUCAGACUUGAAAAGAGAUAUUGGUGUUGAUCUACAUUUUAGUGUCCCACAGAAGAAAUUCAGAAUCCAAUUUGUACAACCUAAGAAAAAAAUUGAGAUUGAUGGGAGAAUUGAGUUUUCUAAACAUUCCCGAAUUGGACACUUGGAGCUGAUUGUGGAUGACCAAGAUGUAUAUUACAUUAAGGGCAUGACAGAAUUACAGAUGCUGAGUGGAGAGCAGAGAUACGUGACUCAACUGGAGGUAAAACUGAUAAAGCAAAGUAGUCCUAUCAUUCUGUCAGGAAACAUCACGAAACAACUUGGCAAGAAGAUAGCUUUUUCAGUAUCCCUGAAUAAUUUAUUGAAGGAUGCUGCCUUUCUUUCAGCAAUUCUGGAGAAAAAGAUUGAUGAUAAGCUGAGACAAUAUUCAUUGGAAGGAGAAGCUUACCUUCCAGGUGUUCUUGGAGUUCACAUCAUUGGUCUUCUCCAGCAACAUGAGGGUUUCUGGUCUCAUGGUUUGAGGAUAAAAUAUGGACUCCUAGGAGAAGCAAAAAAUCUUCAUCAUGAAUGCAGUAUGCAGCAAAGGAUGAAAGUGGAGACAGAUGCACAUGAUGUGUACAAACUUGACGUUGGGCAUGAAUUUCAGUGUAUGCAGACUCCGACCUAUAACCACAAGAUUCACCUGAAACAUGAAGCGAGUGCGUCUUGGCUUUCCUCCCAGAUGGAGUUGAGCUAUGGGAAGCACUGGGAUGAAAUAAAUAACAAGAAGAAACUGCUGAUCAGCCAAGCAUUUAAGAACAGUUCCAGUUCAUCUCUAGUCAACUAUUUCAUGGAGUUUACCAUGAAAGUCUUGGAAAAACAGGUGAAUUACAGAACCCAGCUGCAGCACUCUCACAGCUCUCAGGUUUAUUUGCAGAGCAGCACCAACUUUGAGGUGCAAUAUAAUGACCACGUGCCAUUUGUGGCUGGGCUGCAGUGGAAAGACGCAUCCAGAAAUGGCCUGAAGAAAUGGGAAGGUGGAUUAAAUAUAGACACCCCAUGGCUGUAUCUGUAUGCAGCACUCAAACUACACCAGCCUCACCAUUCUGCUAAUUUGUUGAUUAUGGAGCUGACAACUGGAAAAGCUCUCUCCAUUAAGAAUCUUGUAGUGGAACUAUUCUAUAAAGACCAAGGCAAUGAAAAGGAAGGGAAAGUUCACAUUUACACACCAACUACCACGUACCUGCAGGCAUCCACAUUUAAUCAUCUCGGGAGGAAUGUUCUGCAUACCUACAGUGAAAUGACAUCUCUCUGGAAUCAGCUUGUGAAGAGUGAGAUUCAUGUGGAAAAUAAUGAACAAUCCAAAUUUGUCUGCUUUAAGAUAAAGAGUACAAACCAGGAAUUUAACUUCACAGCCAGCUAUCAGAAUCUGCCAAUGCCUAAGAAGACAAACUUUUCUGUGAAGACUGUGUGGAGAGAUUAUAAAAGUCUGCCUGUCAUACUGCAAUUUGAAGGUCAAAUAGAAGAGCUGAAGAAGGAGAAGACACUCUAUCAAAAACGUGGAACCCUCCAUUUCAGGCAUCCUUUUAAAGUGCCCAUUCUGCAGAGCUUCCUCCUGCAGGAGACAUUUACUGUUGACAAAAAGCAGAAGCAUUAUUUAUUGGAAACAAAAGUUUUGAUAAAUGAGGUGGAGGAAACUGUUCAAACUCUCACACUUGGUUACCAACCUGAAAAGCCCUAUAUUUGUGCUGCUUUAAGUCAUCCAUAUGACUCCAGAUUGUUCCCCAAAGAUGUUGAAAUAUGCCUUUUAACUCAAAGUCACCAAAAUCUUGAGUUUCCACAUGCAAUGGGCCUAAGUGGAGAGCUGUUUUCCAGGCAGACUAAACUGGAACACUUUGACUACAGUGUGAGUGUAAAAGCCAUCAUCAACAAGAAUGUGUCUUCACAGGCCCAGGCAGCCCUUAAGAGCUACAGUGAGAGCAAUUUCAAUGGCUCUCUUUACAUUCAUUCCAAGGGAAGGGACAUGCUAGUGCUGGAGCUGGAUAUGAACAAAGAAAACAGGAAGAGUGCCAGACUUGUUCAACUGAGGGCUUUCCUCCAUCAGACCAUCCUGACAAACCCAGGAUUGAUACAGUUCCAACUCAUGGGCAACAUAUUACCAUCAAGAUUUAUGCUAUCCUCUGAGAUGAAGUUUAAUGAAAAUAGGCUUCACAUGGAUUUCACGGGGGCCAGGGAGCAGAAAGUUGGUUUGGUUUUGUCCCUAAAUGGAAGAGUCCAACAUACAUUUGCUGGAUUAAAGGCCAUACCUCAUCUUCUGUCACUGAAUGGAUUACUGAAGUGCAAAACCAACAUUCAUGAUGGUAACAUCAAUGUGAUGAUCAACAGAGCACUGUAUGGACUCCAUCUCAGGAACAGAAAUGUGUUUGGGAAUGCCACCGUACACAAUAUCACUUUUGCUGUGUUUCAGAAUGGCAGUCAGGCAAUCCCCAUGGAGGCAAAACUGAAAGGACACCUGGAGCUGAGUAAAGAGAUGAAAAGGGGGCUCAUUAGCUUCCAGGUGGAUGAGAAAGCCCUUUCAGUAGAUUUUUCCAACAUCCUGAGUCAAGGGCACAGCAGAGUCAGUGGGACUUUCACACAUAAUAUCAGCUUUUUACAAAAUGCAGGAUUGCCCUUGGAUGGCAUUCUUACUGCUACGUGUGACCGUGGCACAAGAAAUCACACCAUUACCAUAGCCCUGCAGAGUGGCAGUGAAACGAUUACCGCUGUGUUUGGAGGUCACAGACUGUCCAGAGAGCUUCCAAAAUCCCAGCUGUCUGUGAGUUUAAAGCACAACAUCUCAAAGAUGAAGAAACAUGGCAUCCCUUUUAUUGUGGAAGCUGCUGGCUAUUUUGAGAAUUUUACCACAAAGAUUGCUGCAGGGAUAACAACCACAGUGGAGGUGGAACAGUUCAAAAUGGAAAUAGAGAAGAAAACCAAUGGCAGCUCUAUGGAAAUUUCUCUUUCCCUUCACCACGAUGUGAGAGGACUGAUUGACAUCAUUCCACGUGUACUAGAGACUCCAGCAAGAGUUUCAGUGAACGGGUCAAUAUUUACCAGCAACUUUACUGUCAUCUUCCUUGGAAAUGUUUCUUUUCGUGACAUGUUUGCCUGCCUUCGACUCCAAGCCACCACUAAUAUCCAGCCUCAUUUAGAAAUUGACUUCCAGCAUUCUUUGCCUUCACUUCAGUCUCUGGGAAUUGCCAGAGAGAACCAAGUGAAGGUGUUAGCCAUGAGAAGUGACAAGUAUAAGGGAAUGCUUGGUAUUAUCCUUGGGCCUUGCACUUUAAAAGCUGAUGGAGAAGUGAGCCUGGCAAGCAAUGAAACAGACACAGCAUGGACACUUACUUUUAAAAACAAAUGCAUCAGUUUAGAGAGGAUGGGAUUGCCUCAUGCUGUAGCCUUUGGGGGUUCAUUUCAACAGAAUGUCUGCAGCGUUGGCUUGCUAAUGAACCUCCAGUGGGAUGGCAGCACUGUUGAUGUGCAGAUAGACACUUCCUGUGAGCGUGAAUAUACACUCCAAGGGAUGCUCAAGCAUUCAGUUCCCUGGCUGAGACAGCUUGGGCUGCCUUUUGAAAACUCUGUCCUGUUAUCUGCAGCCACAGACUCUACUACCGAGGGCAUUUUGUUGCUGCAGUCUGGCAAAUGCAAACUUAAGGCUAGAGAUCUCCGUAUUCAGAACAAAGCUGAAUGGACGCUGGAAACUGAAACAGAAUGUCAGCUUCUGCAGGAUCUCAGUGUUCCCACUCGGCCAUGGCUCACGGGAUCUCUUCAGAAAGACAAGUGCCAAGCAGAACUUCUCUGUGUCCUUGAAACAGAAGGCAAGAGUGCUCGUCUUGAAGUGAGAGCAGAGUGCCAGCCAAAGAUUACACUGGAAGUUCAAUUCAGGCAUGACCUCCCUCAACUGAAGGAAGUACCAAGGGAAAAUAAGCUGUCCAUUGCUGCACAAACCCAGUUAAAAUAUCAUAUUGGAAUAGCAAUGAAAUUGGGUUCUUGUGAGCUUCAGGGGAAUGGAGACUUCGACCCUGAGAAGAAGCUUCAGUGGAAAAUGUUUAUAGAAAACAAAUGCCAAACAAUUCAGGAUCUUGGAGCACCAUCAAAAAUGGACUGUUCAGGCUCUGUUUUGAUGGAUAAAUGGAAUGUGGAUUCACACAUGUUGAUCACUGUUGAUGAAAGUAAAUUACAAGGACUCCUUAUACUAAAAGUCACUAAUGAAAGACAAGAGUUGGAUGCAGUGCUAACCCAUAACUUGCAAGGAGCUGCUGACAUUGGCAUUCCUGUGAGGAUGUUAGUUGAUGUGAUACUAGAAAAAAACAGUGACUUCUAUAAAAGACUUUCUCACUUCUGUGUGAACAACAAGCAAGUUACAGAAGAGCUGAGCUUUGUCCAGAAGUUGGAUAUUGUGUCUCUCAACUACAAACUUACUCAUAACAUAGAGGCACUGAAGACUUUGCAAAUAGAAGACAGGAUUGAGUUGCAGGCUAUCUUGAACAUGAAAGUGAUCAAGAGCUUUAGUAUGAAAGUGCAUUAUGGUGCUCACCUAACAGUUCUCGAAGGACAAAUCCAGGAGUUUGAAACAAGAACCAACAUCACUGGGAAUUUCCAUCACACUUGGCCAUGGCUGCUACAAGUCAGAGUCCCAGAAUCUUUACAGAUAGAUAUGGUUUUGCAAGAGAGAAACACCACUCAAGAAAGACGUAUACACAUUGCUGCUGGAGAAACAUCAGUCACAUACAUCAUAAACUCCUAUUAUGUUGGUCACCAAGUGGAUAUCUUUUGCCAAAGUGUACAUAGUAGUGAGGCACUGCAGGCUUCUGGUUACCCUAAGGCAAUCAACUUGAUUCUCAGUUUACAGAAGUCAGAAAACAAAGCCAAGACUAUAUGUGAAAUACAGUAUGAUGACAAAGGUAUAAAUGUGGCUGUGGACGUUGACACAGACUUUCGUCUCUAUGGUACGUUUGAAUUGAUGGCAGAGGUAAAUUAUGAUAUGAGUGAAGCAAAAGGCAAACUCUACCUCAGGAUGGAAAACAGGGAUUUCAAUGUUACAACUAAGCUAACUUUCACUGGAACCAGCUACACUAAUGUCAUUGAACUGAUCCAGAAAAUGUCCCAGGUUGGUAUCGUCAACUCACAUGGCAAAAGAUGCAGCACAUCUGUAGCAUAUAUAGGAAAUCAGAAAAAUCAUUUAUUACAGACUGACCAGUUGCCAAUUAAUAUUCUGCAGUUAACAGUUCUUCCAAAGCAGCUUGUGGUGAUGACAGUUUACCAAAAAGGCAACAGAACACGUGCGCUGAGGCACAUUGCUCUAUGGGAUGGCAAAGAGCUAAAGGUAACAGGCUCUUACACUGGACUCUUCCCAAAGCUGCCUGGAGGUCAUGAUGUUCAGGUGGAACUUUUCCAUCCUCUUUCCAUCCCUUUCCCACGGCACACCAGGGCCAACUUACAUGUGAAACAUUCGUCACGCAGUCACCGGGAUGAUCUGACUGUCGUUUGGAAUGAGAAGGACCAGAUAUCAGUGUCAUCUGCUCUGAAGUUUGGGAGAGAUCGUACGAACUACAGAGCCACUGUUGCCCACUCCUUCAAUUACACUCUGAAGCAACUGGAGCUCCGUUCCAUUUCAGAAAGAAGAGGCAGAAAGUACAACCAGCAGCUGCAGCUGGCAGGGAAUGGUGGGCAGCCAGCUGACAUCCGACUGACCCUGGAGGAUAAAUCAAAGGUGAACAUCACCGCCUGGGACGGCUGUAUGACACUGUCUUCAGGUCAGCUUCAGAGAGUAUUAGGUGUGGCACACCUGCAUGCCUGUGGGUCUCUAGAGAAAAGAUCAGCAUUGUUUAAGGAAUACCUAGAUCUGAACUGGGAUGGCAAACAAUUCAAACAGAAUUUAACAUAUGAGAGAAAUCAGUUCUUGUAUCCUGAUAAAUUGCAGUUAGAAGCUGUUCUGGAAAAUAUUUUCCUGACUUCAUGCCCCAAACAGAAGAUUCUGGGUAAAAUAGAAACAAACUACUCAUCUUGCCUGGACUAUUACAUGAGCUUUGAGUUCUGUGACCUUCCAAAUGCAAUUGUUUUCUCUGGAAAACACCAGCUCAAUAAAGAUGACAUUAUUUUGCAAUCAGAGGGCAAAUUCCGCCUCGGUGACCAUGGCAGAGAAGAGGGGCUGAUUGGAGUAUCCUUAAGAAAUCAGAGUACAGCUGAUGUGAAGAACUAUUCUUUGGAAGUUGAAUUAAGAGCCUUUGAAGAUAUUUGGCUAGGCCUGACAGGAACUGCUGCUUCCUCAUCCCUUCAGAGCCAAAUCCUGGUGGAGGGGAUUAUUGAUCAGGAGAAAGUAAAAGUAGCUGCUUCUAAAGGAAAAGAGUGCUUUCAGUACUACAUGGGGCAUGUGAAAGGGGACUUGGAAGAAGGAAUGGAAAUCAGUGCUUGUACUGAUGGGCAACAGAUGGCUACGAUUAAUACCUACUUCAACAUUAAUGGCGAAAGGCAAGAGGACAUGGGACAAAUUACUUUAGCAGCUGUUAAUGGAACCUUGAGUUUUCUGGCUCAUGGAUGUGGGGAUCCAGUUCUUAAGGCUGAGCACAAACUUAAUGAAGUUGGGAGCCUUCUGAAAGUCAAACUGAUGGAGAUCAUGAAGAAAUUUGAUGGACAUAUGUGGAGAUUCAGGAGAUCAGUGCAGCAAGUCGAGUUCCUGUCUGAAGCAGCUGGCUGGCCUUCCACAGCCUUGCAGAAGGCAGCAGGGCUCCUCCACGCUGUGGGUAGAGCCAUCACCCAGGUGUGGAAGCAAAGUGGAAUCAGGCAGAUGCUGAGAAGCAAAAUCCCACUUUACCUGCAUAAAAUUCAAGAUGUUGUCCAGCAAAUGCAGACUGAACUGCAAAAGCCAUUAGCAACUUUGAAGGAUGCCUACUACGAUGUGACCUUGAAGCCUCUGGAUGAAGUUUGGCAGGAGAAGACAGAAGAGUACAUGAAGCAAAUCCAGGCUUUUUUACCCAGGAUUGUAAAAGAUGUGUGGCUAAUGGAACCAAUCCAGGUGGCACUAAGGGUUGUGAAAGCGGGCUUGGAUAUGACUACACAGCAGAUGCUCAGGUGGGCAGAGGCCACGUUUGCUAGAGCUGUGAGCAAGAUUCGGAAGCCCUUACUCAACCUUUACAGUUUUUCAGCCAGGAACUGUUCAGUGGCAGUAAAUCUGCCAGUUCUCCCUGAAGCAAACCAGCCCCUGGAUCUGGCCAGUGUUACCAGUUACCUCAUUGAGGAGAAGUUAAUGAGGCCUCUCCAAGACCUCUACAACAUCAACAUCAUUGCUGAGUAUUACCGACUCAAACGGAGGAUGAUGGAGAGCCCUUUUGAGUAUCAUGCUAUGUUGAUGGGGAGCAAGCAUCUGAUGACUUUUGAUGGAAAAAUGUAUGAUUUGGCAUCAAAGUGCAGUGUGCUUCUUGCCAAGGAUUUUGCUCACAAUACUUUCACUGUAAUACUAAACGAGGAAACGAGUAAAUCAAGAUCCCUGUACGUGGAGAUGAACAAGACCAUGAUCAGUAUCUACCCUAGACUGAAGAUAUCCAAGAUGUAUAACUUUUCUGUUGUGGAAGAGAACUGCCAAGUACUGGAUCAGUCCCUUGAAAAGAAUACCACUAAUUCAAGGAGAGAAACCAACAAAAUAGAAGUGUCUAAUCAGAAAGGAGUUUCUGUCUCUUGUGACUUUCAGUAUGAUCUCUGUACCAUCACACUGGCUGGCUGGCACCACGGUAUUUCAGCUGGGCUUUUUGGUACCAAUGAUAACGAAGCUGGAAAUGAAUGGCUACUUCCCAAUCGUUCCUUCACUGACAACCUGCGGGAGUUCACACAGAGCUGGGAGGUGAGCACGUGCAGUCUCGUUCAGCAGAAAGCGAAGCCGUGUCCAGUCACAGCCAGGCAAAAAGUCUGCAAACUGUUUUUUGCAGAAUCACAUUCAGUUCUUAGGAACUGCUUCAAAGUUGUGGAUCCUGACCCUUUUUACAGCAUGUGUGCCCAGGACAGCUGCCAGGCCCAGGGGCUGAAGGCUGCCUGCAGUUUAGCAGCAGCUUUUGUUCAUUUCUGCAACCGAAAUUUCGUGCCUGUGGAAAUUCCUCCUCAGUGCUUGGCCCAGUUCUGAACAGGAGAGUCCAAUCCUGAAGAUGGAGGA